GAAAUUGAGUUGCAAUGCAGAUGGUAGAUAUAAUUUUAUUUAUUUAUUAGAUGAAAUUGAGUAAUUCUCUUCUCCUCGUCAAAAACCUAGCCGCCUGUUUCAGUCAAACGAUGGAGUCUUCAACUAAGGAAGAAGAAACCCUAGACAAAUCCUCAAUUUCAACAGUAGAAAAAAGCGCCGAUGGCAUCAAAGAACAGGAUAAAGAUGAAGACUUUCACUCUCUUUUGAUCCCCGAUCCCAAUUCUCUUCCCUCAAUUCCUCCUUCUGCCGUUGAAUCCAACUUCGUCCGUUACUACGCCACAGAUUUUAUCAAGCCUGGACACGAUCAGUAUAUCUAUCGCCAUGCCAAUGGAUUAUGUGUGGUUGGUUUGGCUCCUACACAUGUGGCUUUUAAGGAGGAAGGAGGGAUCACAGCCGUCGAUUUCAAUGUGGGAAAGUCCGAUCGGAGUGAGAUUAAAGUCACUGGAAAGAGGAAGAGGAAUGCUCAGCAUUUGGAAUCCAAUUCAGCUUUGUGCAAGGUUUCCAAUAGUAGUGCUUUCUAUGUAGUGAGGUGUUGUGUGAAAGGUUCUCUUUUGGAGGUUAAUGAUAGGCUGAUAAAGCAGCCCGACUUGCUUAACUCCUCGGCAUCGGCAGCUCGAGAAGGAUAUAUUGCAAUUAUUAUGCCAAAACCAACAGAUUGGCUCAAGAUCAAAGAUUCAUUGUUGACCCAUGAAGGCUAUCAUAAACUGAGAGGUCUUCUAAAUUAGCAGGAGGUGCAGGGUUUGUAUUAUCAGUUGUAUGAGGACGACAGCAAGCUCAUGGUUACACAUGCUGCAGCUCUGGAUAAGGAAAAGAAGACAGCAAAAUGAAUAUGUUAAAAAUGGAUUUGUUAACUGCUCAUCACGUUCCAUGGAAUAAAAUCAAAAUUUUUAUCCAAGCCAUUUAAGACUUGGGCCACCGAGCUUCCUUCAUGCGUGCGCAAUAAAUCUUGACCUAAGUUACGUUCAGAGGGGCGGUAUUUUGAGUUGUAUAUUUAUUUGUGGCAUUUUUUGUGAUAUUCUUCUCAUUAUGUACUUCAGUGAGAAAGAUGCAGGAAAUUGUAUUGGAGCUUAGCAUCUACAAAGUGAGUUAUUAGAGUUCUUUUGUCGCCUUGGAGCCUAUGUAAACGUUGAUCAUGCUUUAUUAGAGCUGCUAACGUAGUUCAAAGA